AUGGACACCAAUGUGGGCGACAUUCUGCAGUGUGAGGAGCAGCUGAGGACCACACUGCAUUGUGAUGACAAAGAGAAGCUUCGUAAGACGUUGGCAGAGUUACAAAGAGAGUACCUCAAAACAGCACAGAGGCUUCAGCGUGCAGAGCGUUUGGCAGCUGUGCGGAAACAUGUGAGGAGCCGGAUCUCCAGGCAGGACCAGAGCGAGCUUGACGCUUCGUGUGCCACUGCCAGCCCCCUCUCAGUACCAAACACCAGCACUGUACCAGCCAAAGACUUACCUCAGACACAGGGGCCCACUGAGGGUGCGGCAGAUUCAGACGCAUCCAGACAGAGCCAGGUGAUCAGGUUCACGCUCUCCGCCGAUGCCGCAUGCCCCCAAACCCCCAAACCCGGCCACGAUGGAUCGGGUCACAGACCCAGUCCGGCCCUGCGCCUCAGGUCAAGACGCAGCCGCCUGCGCUGGGAGAGAAGAAGCGCUGAGGGGUGCAUCAGGCAGAAAGACGGCGAACAGAGCGAAAGGCUGGAAAGUGGUACAACAGAAGAAGAACGCCAGCAAGGGCCAGUAGAGUCAACCAGAGAAGGUGUGGAGGAUCAAAGUGGAGAGUUGUUUUCCUCUAAUGAAUCCGAGUCUCCCUCCAUGCUGCUCACUCACUGGAACUCACAGGGACACACGAAUAAAGCUGGAGCCGACAACGAAAGGGAGCUACAGGGACAACAGCGGCAGGGGGAGAACCAGACUCACCUGCAAGGGGAAGGAAAAGACUCCAAAAUGGCUUUCACCACGGAGGAAGACGGACAAAUUGUCACACACGAUAGAAAUGAAGGGAUGGAGAAAAUAGGCGGGGAUAGUGCCGGGAUCAAAGAUCUGGAAGAGACAGAUGAAUGUAAAGAGAACAGUAUCAAAGACGCGGAGCUUAAGGCAACUGAGUCAGCAGAAGGAGACAAAAACCACGACGAAGCUGCGGGAAAAAAGGGUGAAAACAGUCAGAUGACUGAAGGUGAAAGAGCAGAGAGCCUCCUAGACUCUUGUACGUUGGUAGAGGGGCUGCUGUUCCCAGUGGAGUACUAUGUACGAACCACCAGACGUAUGACACUGUCCCGCAGCCAGCCCGACUUAAGGGCCGUCAUCCUGUCCCAGUUGAAUGUGGGGCGUCAACGCAAGAGUCGGGCUCGUGGCAAAGGAGUGAACAGGGGAGCGCUCUCCGGUCAGCGCUCAGAUCAGCACCCUCAGGCAGACUUCUCCUCUCCCACAACGGCACCCUCAUCUCCAGAUCCCAGACAGAUCUCGAAUCCAGUCACAGCUUGCCAGAUGGACUCGCCUGCUCGCUCUCCACCCGUUCUCACCCCUGCUCCGUCAGCAAGAGGCAAGAGGAGGAGCAGAGGCAAGGGGAGAGGUAGAUCUCAAAGCUCAGGAGAUAGCCAACCCCCCAGCACCCCGCCGCCCUCCUCCACGUGUUGUUAUAGUGAAGAAGUAGCAAACCCUGGCCCCAUGCCCCAAGCAAACCCUCCGCGUGCUGUUGUAGAACCGGAGGAGACCCAGACUGCAACCGUCCACAGCACCGAUUCUCAGCCAUCCUCUGGAAUUAAUGGCGAUCCAUCCAGUUCUGCCUCUCAGCGUCCGGAGAAGGUCUAUCCUCUCUUUCUGAAGAGCCGCGUCGAAGCCACCAAACCUGUCCAGCUGGACAGAGGCUCUUCAAGCUGCAGUGCCCUCCUCUUGCCCUCUUCCUCCUCUCCGGCUCAGACAUCUCUUCUUCCUCUCCCUUCCAUGUUUUCUGGCAACAACUUGAUGAAUUUGGACUUGCAGCAGGACUUUCAUCUUCCAGACGACCAGUUUGCCUCCCUGAAGCUGUGCAAGCUUCGCUGGGCCCUGGUGAAAUCGGGGGUGGAAGGUUUUUCCACGCCGUCCCGCAACACGCGCAGCAGCACGCGGCGCUCCACCCCAAACCACAGCGGCGGCGAUCACCCAACGUCUGUUCACGUCCCGCUCAGCCUCACGCCCACGCUCAGAAAUUCCCCCCAUUCGAGUGGAGAGCAUCGGCCCGUAGAUCUUCAGAACUUCUGUACGGAACACGAGCAGGCAGACGUCCACGCAGAGCGUCCCUUGAGCUCAGAAUCUGUUUGUGUGGCAGAAGAGAUAACUGCAGAUCUUGACGAUAAACAGGAAGGGCCUGAAACCGCGACCCCUCCCGCUCCCAACCGGAGCACAUCUGUGUGUACUGACAACCCACAGCCUCAGCCCGGGGAUGCAGUGGUGUGCAGAGGGGAGGAGUGUGUCCUGGGACAAUCGGAGGAACUUAAAGCAGAGCAGACUGCUACCAGGAAUCAAAGAGAUUGUUGUGACGCGGUCCAUUCUUUCAGGGAUGAGGGCCAUGGAAGCCUCCAGGUGGAAAACGGAGCCAUCCCCUCGUCUCUUUCUUCUGAUGAGGAAAAGGCAGAGGCUCCUGCUGGCAGCCGCCCUGCUUCACAGGCCUCCUGUGAAGCUGGACCUCCAGCAGAGGCUCCCGCGAAUGCCACAAACGGAAAGCCUUCGUCACAGAUUUCCAAAGUACAGAUAGAGAAUGAGACCAGGUGUCCAUGGCGGCCCUCGGAGCUGUUGUUGAGUUCUCCUCUGGCUUCAGCACCCUGCCCCAUGGUAACGCCCCACCUGCCCUCCUCCAUGCUCACCUCCAGCCCAACACUGCCCUCCUUAGGACUCACCCCACAGCUGGUCAUCCUCCCAGACUCCUCCCCCUCUGCCCCGUCCCUCACCCUGCCUCCUCCUCACAGCCCGUCCACACAGGCCCUUUCUCCUCCGGCUCUUUCUCCCUGUCCGUCAAUCACCCACCUCCCCCCCAGCCUGCCUCCUCUGUCGCUCUUCACCGAGGCUCAGGCUCCAUGCGAGCCGCCAACAAUAAGCGAUCGGUGCCAAGAAGUGGAACCGGCCAGCUGCCCGACCGCAUUCAGCUUCCAGCCGCAGAGCUCGGCCGGGCCGGUCAGCCAGACGCCAGGACACGCCGCCGAGAAACAAACCGUGAAACGCACGCACACACUGAAGGCUGCAGCAGGAGGUGCUCUGGUGGACGCGUGCUGCGUUGUCGGGUCCUCACUGGGUUUGUGUGUGGCCGCAGCGGGAAAGUGGGCCGUGUGCCUCUGGACCCAGACUCCAGGAUCGGACUGGAGCUUAACGCAUACCUGGACGUUCAGCGAGCCCGUUAUCAGUGUAUUUCCUGUACCAGAUGCUGCCGGGCUAAUGUGCGUGACUUUAGGUCAGUUGGAGAUCAGGGAGGUGAGAGUGUUGUCCUGCUCCAGCCUCACGCAGAAGCUGGUAUGCGAGGGGGUCAUCCAGGCCGUCGCGGGGGUCUCGGCCUCCAGGGUGGUCACCUCCUCCCACUCGGCCUCGGGCUCCACCCUGCAGGUGUUAACGCUGUCAGACAGCAGCAGCUCACCCGCCUGCCAGCCUCUGGCGUCCCCCGGCGUGGGCGUCGGGGCCCUCGCUCCCGUGGAAGGACUCUCCGACGCUCUGAUUGGCACAGAUGAAGGCGGACACCUGUUCGUCUGGAAUUUAAAGACGGGACUGCUCCUGUGCAGAGUCCGGCUCGGGGAGAGUUUGUCACACACAGCCUGCCUCAGAGGAUACUCCUACUGUGGAGUAUUGUUAGUCCUGCUGCAACAUCAUUUUCUGAGCUCCAUGGAAGAGGAAAACGAGAAGGAAGUGAAAAUAAGAGAUCUCUCAGAGGAGGGGACAAAAACUGCCUUUUUCUCCUUGGUCGGCAUCAACCCUCUGAGCGGGAAGUCCGUCCUGGCAUCUCGACUGUAUCCCCCAGAAGCCUGGUCGGGCAGGCUGUGUGAAGCCGACGUGAACCACUCCAGCGUAGUGGGUCUGAGUCAGAGCGGCUGCGUGUGCGUGUGGGAGCUGGGGCAGCGGGGGGGCUCGCGGCUGCUGGAGGCUCCAGAGGGGGAGGACUGGCAGCUGGCACGGUGGGGGGGCGGGGACGUGCUGGUGAUCGGACACCAUAACGGAGACAUCUCUCUACACUCUUACAGUGCGAGUCGGAGCUCACUCUGA